CUCAAAUUCUGAGUCGAUGAGGCGGAUCCUUUGGAGCAAGCGCCGGAGAUCCCUUUCCCAGAAUGCUCUGCGCCGUGAAGAAGCGACUCCCGGGUACUGGGGGCAUUUUGUGUUGGCUGGAGCUGGAGUAACAAGAUGGCGUCGUCGGCGGAGUGACAGGGGUUCCUCUGGGCCGGAGCCGGCGGCAGUGGUGGCAGCGGUACCGCUCCCCAGCUCACCGCGCCCCUUUUCCAGCCCGGACGUCGCCGCGAAAGCGAGGCAGCGGCGGCUGCCCAGAACAGGUGGCCCAGCCUGGUAACCGCUAGAAGCCCUCACAAACUGCGGCCUGGCAGGCAACCCACCAAAAAACAAAAAAUCCUGACCGAGCAGCGGGCAUCAAGUUCCCUUCGCCGGCAUCUGGGCCCUGGACGCCGGGAAAGGCCUCCGUGUUCCGCUUCCUGCCGCCUUCCACGGUAGGCUUGGCCCAGCCUCCGUCUUCGUCUCUCAGGACGGCUAGUAGCAGAAGUCAUUGUCGGAAGGAAAUAUAAACUGCUUUGGAAGAUCUGGUGUGGCUCCUUCGGAGACAUCUGUCUGGCGAUCAGCAUCACCAACGGUGAAGAAGUGGUAGUGAAGCCAGAAUCUCAGGGCCAGGCAUCCCCAGUUGCUGUACAAGAGCAGGCUUUAUAAGAUGCUUCAAGGUGGGGUUGGCAUCCCCCACAUACGGUGGUGUGGUCAGGAAGAAGACUAUAAUGUACUAGUCAUGGAUUUUCUGGGACCUAGCCUCGAAGACAAUUUCUGUUCAAGAAGGUUCACAAUGAAAACUGUACUUAUAUUAGCUGACCAGAUGAUCAGUAGAAUUGAACAUGUGCAUACAAAGAAUUUUAUACACAGAGCCAUUAAACCAGGUAACUUCCUAAUGGGUAUUGGGCGUCACUGUAGUAAGUUAUUCCGUAUUGAUUUUGGUUUGGCCAAAACGUACGGAGACAACAGGACAAGGCAACACAUACCAUACAGAGAAGAUAAAAACCUCACUGGCACUGCCCUAUAUGCUAGCUAUGCACAUCUUAGUAUUGAGCAGAGUCGCCGGGAUGACAUGGAAUCGUUAGAAUAUGUUUUGAUGUAUUUUAAUAGAACCAGCCUGCCAUGGCAAGGGCUAAAGGCUGCAACAGAGAAACAAAAAUAUGAAAAGAUUAGUGAAAAGAAGAUGUCUACUCCUGUUUUUUGUAAGGGGUUUGCUGCAGAAUUUGCCAUAUACUUAAGCUAUUGUCGUGGGCUACACUUAGAGAAAGCCCCAGAUUACAUGUAUCUGAGGCAGCUAUUCUGCAUUCUUUUCAGGACCCUGAGCCAUCAAUAUGACUACACAUUUGAUUGGACAAAGUUAAAGCAGAAGGCAGCACAGCAGGCAGCCUCUUCUAGUGGGAGGGGCAGCAGGCCCAAACCCCAACAGGUAAGCAACCUGACAAAACCAAGGGUAACAUGAAAGGUUUCUAAGCAUGAAUUGAGGAACAGAAGCAGCAGAGCAGAUGAUCAGAGCAGCAUUUGUUUCUCCCCAAAUCUAGAAAUUUUAGUUCAUAUGUACAUUAGCCAGUGGUCAUGGACAGCCAUUUACUUGGUGUAAAGAACUUAAUUUUAGUAUAAACUGACUCUGGGUAGCAUUGGUGAUGCUGUAUCCUGAGCUGUGGCUACUGUAAUUGUGAAUAUUAACUGAGACAGUGAAACAUGGUG